AUGUCUGCUAUGUCCACUCCACACCAAAAUCCUGAGAAUGGCAGCCUGGAAAAAAGGGGACCGGCUUCCUGCCAGGACCCCACCCUGGGCAGGGAAGCGCUGGGGGCUGCCCAGGAGCCUGGGGGCAGGCAGGGCGAGGGUCCAGCCAAGGAGGCGGGCAGAAAGGUGAAGAGGAAGAAGAAGAACUACCACCGGCACCCCAAGCCCCCCUACACCUAUUUGGCAAUGAUUGCUCUGGCCAUCCAGACCUCUCCAAACCGGAAGCUCAAAUUGUCCCAGAUCAUCCACGAGAUCGGCACCCUCUUCCCCUUCUUCAAGGAAGGCUACCAGGGAUGGAAGGACUCGAUCCGCCACAAUUUGUCCUCCAACGACUGCUUCUACCAGGUGCUGAAGGACCCCUCCAACCCCAAGGCCAAAGGGAAUUUCUGGAGCGUGGACCUGAACCGCAUCCCCCCAGAUGCCCUCAAACUGCAGAAUACGCCCGUCUCCCGCCAGGAAGAGCGGGCAUUCGUGGCCGACCUGGCCCCCUAUAUCUACCACAACUGGCCGCUCAACAGUGGACCCCAGGCCCCCCAGAACACCCCCGCCCCUGAGGACACGAGGGAAUUCUUGGCCAGCGAAGGGGCCCCCCAGAACAGUCCCUUCAGCAUCGACUCCCUGCUCAGCCACUUCCAGGAUGUGGGCCUUAGCGGGAAGCCUAGGGCAGCCCCCGAGCUCCAGCACAGCCCCUCCGCCGCCCUAGACACUUGGGGUUCCGUCCCCAUCUACCAGGUCUGCGCAGGGCCUCCGGUUCUGCCCUGGCGGCCCCCGAGCCACCUGCCGGCCCUCCGCUCCUUCUCCUCCUCCAGCAGCCUCUCCUCCCUGGGGUCCCUGUCCCCCGACGGAAGGCAGGCCAGGCGGCCGAGGCUCAAGAAGGGGCAUGCGCCCCACAGCUUGGCCAAGCGCCCCCGGGUCCUCCAGGACCCCGAGAGCAGCAGCUCCGACUCUGAGGAUGCCCCGCGGGCCGGCGGGCUGCACUUGGAACAGCUGCCCACCUCGUACACCAAGUGCGUGGCCCCCAAUGUGGUGGCUCCCCCCAGCCACACGCCACCCUUCUCCGCCUUUGCCGCCGUCCCAGGCCUGCCGAUUUACAACCCCCUGCCCUUCGCAAGCCCCCCGCAGUACUGGGAGCUGCUCCAAAGGCCCCCCGCGACCUUGGCCCAUCCCUCGGGGCUCUCGCUCGACCUGGACCAAGCCAUGCCUCCCAACAAGACCGUGUUUGACGCCUGGAUGACCCAGCCGACGGACAUCAUGUUCCCAGUUGCAGGCGGGGCGGGGCCUCUACUGCGGAGCGUGGUGGUGGCCCCCUACCAGCCCUGCCAGCAGCCGAGAGAAGCACUGCUACCCCCAAACCACUUGCCUUUCUGA